GUCAUGGCCACAAUGGGUGCUGUAUAUCCCUAUGGGCAACUGAUCCGGUCAGCCCGGAGAGGUGUUACUUUCGUCCCUCGACGCACCCUGACAUAUUCCUUCCCUCGUCGUGCUCAGGAUGACGGCAGCAAUGGGCCUAACGACAAACCGGAGGAGCAAUCCAAACCGUCUGCCUUGUCCUCCAUCAAGAAUUUCUUCUUCGGUGGCCGGUCCGAGACCGCAAAGCCGAAAAUCACCCGCAGAGCAACAGCCCCUCCCAAGCGUGAAGGUUCAUUGAGCGCAGAUUCGAUUUUCGCCGAAGACGAAGCAACCCCGAAGCUUAUUGCAUCCGGUCGGACGCCAGCAGCACGCAAACAAGCCACCGAAGCGGCGGAAGGCGAGGAGGAAGCCAAUCUGGAGGUGGAAAACCGAAACCGUAUCACCAUGGCGACCGUGCUCGAUCCUCGUCCGAAGGCGAGGAUGCGCUGGGAGCGCAAGAUGAUUAUUCGGGAAGUACGUCGUCGGGGUCGUCUAACGAAGACCGAGCAGAUUAUGCGGACGGAGCGCGAGUCGCUGUCCAAGUCCCAUUGGUUCAAGACGUCCGUGAAGAAGCUGGGACCCCUCGCGCGUCAGAUUGCGGGAAAGAAUAUCGACGAAGCUAUGUUGCAGAUGCGCUUCAGCAAGAAGAAGGUCGCCAAGGAAGUUCUUGAACAUCUCGAGCACGCGAAGAACGUUGCCAUUGUUCGGUCAGGUAUGGGUCUGGGCAACGCCGCAGAACAGAAACCGAUCACCAUCACUCUCAACACUGGUGAGCGGAAAACGAUCACCAACCCUUCAUCAAUCUACAUUGCCCAGGCUUGGGUCAACCGAGGACCAUACGGAGUCGACUACGACCAUCGCGCUCGAGGCGUGAUUAAUCGGCUGCGGCCCCUUACACAGAAUACCCGGAUCAGAGAGUGGCAGGACCGUGAGGCUGAGGCACUGCGCAAGCGGAAAGCCCAACUCUGGACCCAGCUUCCGGACCGGAAGAUCACCGCGCAGAACCAGUACUAUAGCUGGUGAUCGACUCGUUCGCUUCGUUGUUUUAUAGCCAUGACCAGGCGAUUUGAUGGGUUGUUAUCGGCGUUGUUCGUUUCCUUGUAACUUUUCCUAGAUUUCUGAAAGCUCUCUCCGUCGAGCGGAUGUUGUCAGCGCUUCCUCUCCCACAUCUAUCUACUCUUUGGUGACGCGAGGUCAUCGGCUCGCCAACACCGUUUGUGGUCUAAAGAAUUGAGCCGAUAGUGGGCUCACCUUGUACAAUACUGAAAUAUACAUUUCUGGACGCA